CGACAGUCGCGCGCUCUCGUGAGUUCGCCAUAGAAAACAAAGCUAUCCGUGCGCUUCCAUUACAGCUAGUGGGGCAAACCUUGCACACAGCUCUCUCUCUGCAUGCACGCUGAAGAUGGGUUUGCAGCUCGUCUGAGGGGCCUUUCAAAGCAGGGCCUGUUGCGAGGACAGCCAGCCAGCUGAAGUCAGCGAAACGUUUCGUUUUUUCGGCCGGACUGCUUUUGUUUCUUAGCCGCGGCUAGCAGCACAGCCACAAUCAUUGUCAUUUCUGCUGCGAGCUGACGAAGGAAAACACAUCGCCAUGUUGUUAACGGAGGGGGCUCAGUGAAGAAGGUAAAACCGUGAGCUUGUGGGGGAGAUAAUCUCGUCGUUUGAGCCGAACCCGAGUCCUCAGCCGCCGCCGCUGCCCGACUGACUGACUGACAUGGCGGAGCAGAGCUACUCCUGGGCUUACUCCCUUGUCGACUCCAGCCAGGUGUCAACCUUCCUCAUCUCUAUCCUCCUCAUCGUCUAUGGCAGCUUCAGGUCAUUAAACAUGGACUGCGAGAACCAGGAGAAGGACAAGGAUGGAAACCCCACCGCCAGUGGCGCGUUCAACAACGCCAACUCUAACAACAGUAUUCAGACCAUAGACUCCACACAGGCGCUGUUUUUGCCAAUCGGAGCCUCCGUGUCUCUGCUCGUCAUGUUUUUCUUUUUUGACUCGGUUCAGGUGGUCUUCACCAUAUGCACUGCAGUUCUAGCGACCAUUGCGUUUGCGUUCCUGCUGCUGCCCAUGUGCCAGUAUCUGACCAGACCCUGCUCCCCACAGAACAAGAUCUCGUUCGGCUGCUGUGGCCGCUUCACGUUGGCGGAGCUGCUGUCGUUUUCACUCUCUGUCAUGCUGGUUCUCAUCUGGGUGCUGACGGGCCACUGGCUGCUCAUGGACGCUCUUGCCAUGGGUCUCUGCGUGGCAAUGAUUGCGUUUGUGAGGCUGCCGAGUCUGAAGGUGUCAUGUUUACUGCUGUCAGGCCUGCUCAUCUAUGAUGUUUUCUGGGUCUUCUUCUCCGCCUACAUCUUCAACAGCAACGUGAUGGUGAAAGUGGCCACGCAGCCUGCAGACAAUCCACUGGACGUGCUGUCACGCAAACUUCACCUGGGGCCUGGCAUGGGCCGGGACGUCCCCCGUCUCUCGCUGCCAGGCAAACUGGUGUUUCCCAGCUCCACCGGCAGCCACUUCUCCAUGCUGGGCAUCGGCGAUAUCGUCAUGCCAGGCCUGCUGCUGUGUUUCGUGCUGCGAUAUGACAACUAUAAAAAACAGGCCAACGGCGAAGUGCCCGGCCCUGCCAACAUGUCCGGCCGCAUGCAGAGGGUUUCCUACUUCCACUGCACCCUCAUCGGUUACUUUGUUGGUCUGUUGACUGCAACCGUGGCCUCUCGUAUUCACCGCGCAGCCCAGCCUGCUCUCCUGUACCUGGUGCCCUUCACCCUGCUGCCUCUGCUCACCAUGGCCUACCUGAAGGGGGACCUGCGGCGCAUGUGGUCCGAGCCCUUCCACGCCAAAUCCAGCAGCUCCCGCUUCCUGGAGGUAUGAUGCUGCUCCGGCCAGCCUCCCGAACUUACCAGAGAAAGAGAGAAAGAGAGAGGUCGGAAGAGAGGAACCGCACUCGUCUUCUCAUCAUCCCUCAUUCCUUUUGUCAUCCUCCAGCCAGCGGAUGAACAGCCGUACGCGGACUUCACUGCCAGAUGGAUUCAUGCGCUCCACACGUCUCCAUAGCUCUCCUUUCCUCUUUUCUUCCUGUUCAUUCCAUCCUUAUCUCUCCGUCUCUCUCAGUCUCUCUUUCUUCUAUCCCAUCAUCCUUUUUUUCCUGUUUUACUGAACUAAGCCACACUUUUCCAGAUCUGGACGUGACCGGAGCCCGUUUGAGCUCCACGUGUGUCUCCAUUUGUGCCGUCUGGCUCCAUUAUGGAUUUACAGACUGCGAUUUCUUGAUUAUUUACUGAUCUAAACGAAACUGUGGACCAGGAACGUAGAUUCUGCCACAGCUUGGGAUGACGAUGACCCUAUAUAAGGGACCAGCACACAGUAGAGGACAGCGUUGUUUCCCCCCCCCUCCCCCCCCUUUCCUUCCUUCAUUCUCUUUUCCUCUUUCCCUGACCAAUCCCCACCCGCGUCCUUUCCUUCCCUCUCUAACAAGCCCUUCCUUCGCAGAAACAUGUAUUUUAUUUAGAAAGAUUUUAUUCUUGGCAUAUACAGAAAUGAUGCAUUAUAAAUUGUGAGGGCAUACAGCUCUUUGUAUAUAUGUGUACACAUGUAUUAGGGGUUAUCAUGUCGAGGUGCGAGUGUGCGCGAGAUUGUGUGUGCGAACGUGAGUGCGUGUGCGAAAAUGCAUUUAAAUGGAACUGUUUUUCGUUGCUUUUAGAUCUCGUAAACGAAACAAAAUGGAAAUAUUUUUCUUCCUACACCUUUCUUCACCCUUCCCUCCCCAAAACCCCCCCCACAAAUGGGCCUAACAGCUCUGCCUAGGUCACUUUUACUGCAAAAUGGACCGUUUGCGCAACUCGGCCUUUGAAGCGAAGGGUGUGCGUGUGUUUACGUUUGUGUUUAUGUAUGAAUGUAUGCCGUCUCCUCCUCGGGCGCUGCAUGGACCACUGAAGAUGAGCUCUGUCGCGCUCCUGGAGGGACUCUUAAAGGAUUGUACUAAUUUAAACGGGCCGAGUUUUGUUUUCCACUAGUAUUUCAAGCAUUAAUGUUUUUGUUUUCCUUCAUUUGUAGUCAUUCCUUCAACACAAUUGGCUCUGAUGAAACUGGAAUCGAGGUGCGAGUUCUGUGUGAUUGAGUGUAAUGUUGUAGAAAUAAUGCAUUUUGCUGGCUCAGUCUGUUUGCUUUUUUUUCUUCUUCUUUUUUUUUUUUUUUACCAGUUGUUACCGUUUUUUUAAUCUGUCAGUCGUCUGGCCUUGCAUGUCAAUUGUACAGCGUGUCGUUCUUCAAAGCUGCGUUUUUUUUCAGGGCAGCCUCGCUCUGAAACUCUUAAACGCAGACACGUGGUCGUGGACGAAGAGUUGCACAAGAGGAUUGAUAAACGGACAGGGGUCUCGAGUCCUCUCGGACCCCCACGGCCGGCGUGGACCUCGCGCAAACAUUGGCAGUGCGUUGUCUGAAUAUUCAGUAUGAACGUUUGCCUGGCAGUGGGACACAUGGUUAACCAGAGCAUCACGGACAUCAUUUUACCCACAACAGCCCUCCUCACUGUCCCUCUGCCACCCUUACAGACAUUACCUGGAAAAAAGAGAACAAUUUAAACUGACCAUCAUGGUGAUCACAUUGAAAAUAAACUCAGUUCGUUUUUUUAAUGGAAAUUUUGCUUUUUUUCUGUUUUUUUUUUGUCGGUUUGUUUUUGUUUUAUCCCUUUGUUUGUAUUUUUUCUUCACUUUCCCCUAAAUGCUGUGGAUUUUCAUUUUGUACUUUGGUCUUUUUUUUUCCCCCCAUCGUCCUCCCUGCCUGCAGAGGGUGCUAAGCUCUGUUAGGCCAUCAACAUUAACAGCCAAAAGGGUUCUGUAUAAAAAUUUGAAUAAAUAAAUUAAAAAGUGUAGUGAAAUGUGGAUCCAUAUGAGCUGUACUGAGAACAUUUCAGCUCUCAUAACCUUCCCUUUCUUCUUAGUCAGGAUUCUGCUGUAAAUAAACAUGACUCUAACUGUA